AUGUCCACCGACUUCUGGGCCGGUUAUGCGAGCGGCGCUGUAGGGAUUAUAGUUGGCAACCCCCUUGACAUCGUGAAACUUCGCCAACAAACCACCCAGCAUACAAGCAAAACCACGAUUACCUUCCAAAGUUACAAGUCGCUACUCGCUGGUGCUACAGCACCACUUUUCGGUUACGGUGCACUGAAUGCCAUCCUAUUUGUGUCGUACAAUCGCACAGAAAAGGCCCUCAACCGUGCCUUGGGGUCUGAACAAAGUCUUGCUAUAAAUUGGGUGGCUGGAGCGGUUGGCGGCCUUGCGACAUGGAUAGUCAGUGCGCCAACAGAGUUGGUCAAAUGCAGGGCUCAAAUGGUGCACCUGGUACCAACAUCUAGCCUCAGUAUUGCGACAGACAUCUGGCGCAAAGAAGGAAUUAGAGGCCUCUACUUUGGGGGACUCGUGACAGCACUGCGAGACAGUAUCGGAUACGGAUUCUAUUUCUGGUCCUAUGAGUUCGCAAUUCGAAAUUGGACAAUGCCGGACGGGCAGAAGAAACGACCUUCCAUCAAAGAUGAUGCUCCACGAGUGAUGCUCUGUGGUGGUCUGGCAGGAAUCGUUACCUGGACAAGUGUAUUUCCACUUGAUGUUAUCAAGACCAGACUUCAAACGCAAGGGCCAAUACAACGCCACGACAUGGCUCCACAGAGGAUGCAAUUGGCACGAAAAGGCGCUCAGCUGAUAGCCAGGAACAUGUUUCGCGAAGGUGGCAUGAGACCUUUCUUUCGAGGCCUCACAGUGUGUAGUAUCAGAGCCUUCGUCGUAAAUGCCACACAGUGGACUGUCUACGAGGGCCUCAUGUAUAAGUUCGGCGAGGGGAGAUUUCGUGAGGGUGAGGCUGCAGAACAUGCUUAG